AUGUCCCACAGAUCCGCCAAAAGACCGGCGAAAGCCGACAAAACACUAUUCUUCAUGGCAAAAGCCGCGCAUGGGAAACAAGGCCGCGAGGAAAUCCAAGAUGGCGGCGGCCACGGAUCCAGGGAAGUUUCUCCAUCUCCUCCCUCCUCACCCACCUCACUACUGGAGGACAGUCCCCUCACACUGGCCACAAUGAAGUCCUUUAUGGCAGACUUCACAAUGCAGAUCCAAAGCACCAUCGAGGGGCAGCUCAAAUCACUAGCAGGUGAGCUUAAGAGAGAUAUACAGGACCUGGGCCUACGCACAUCACAUAUAGAGAAUGCAGUCAGCAAACAUGCCUCCGCGCACAACAACAUGGCUGACCAGCUAUGCCAGAUGCAGCAACUAAUCCAAGAACAAAACCUGAAACUUGCUGACCUGGAGGAUAGAUCUAGGAGGAAUAAUCUGCGCAUCAGAGGUAUUCCUGAAUCAAUCACAAAUGAAGCCCUACACAGUUACCUCCAGGCCUUUUUUCUAGAGCUGAUUCCAGAGGUCCACCCAGAUCAAGUAGUUCUGGAUAGAACGCACAGACUCAGGAGACCCCAGCAUCUGCCUACUUCAACGGCCAGAGAUGUAAUCACCAGAGUGCAUUUCUUCCACAUCAAGGAGAAGAUUGUUAAAGCAGCUAGAAAAGAUAACCUACCCUCCCAAUAUGAAAACCUGAAGAUUUUCGCGGACUUGUCAGCGCACACACUCCAAUUCCGCAAGUCACUCGCUCCUAUCACCACCGCACUGAGAGCGCAGGAGGUUCCGUAUCGGUGGGGCUUCCCAGCGAAACUUAUCGUCCAUCACGACAACUCCAACCACCCUAUCACGUCAAUGGAGGAAGGAUUGAAGAAGCUGGAAGACUGGGGGCUCCCCAAACCGGAUGUACCGGUGCAACCCGCGAAAAAGAUACCAAGACUGUCGGUGGACUGGUCCAGAGCCUAACGUGAAGGCUGAGUAUACGCUGCAUGAUUGCUGACCACUGUUUUACUAACCAUUUCAAUUUUAAUGCUGUGUCAUCGCUCAUUUGCUACCCUGAAAUAGGCUUGUAUAAUGCUUAAUGUUGUGUGCACCACUUACUAUGCAUAACACCGCAGCAGCAUUUAGUUGACGGCUAGAAUAGGCGCUGCCCAAUAGCAUUCAUACCCCAAAACUCCACACCUGCUCCGGUUAACAGAGCACAGACAGAGUAGGGCAUUGACACAAAGUGGUUGAGCAUCCUGCAGCAGAGUCUCUCACAACCCAAUACUCCCAUGCCACUACCACUCCAUGGUCCCCUCUGAGCGACUCCUUAUCACCUCCCCCAAUCUAGGUCAAUACCACAUCAAACUGACCUAUAGCCACGUCACCCACUACUUGUGCCCAGUUUUACUGAGCACAUUACAGCUCAAGAGACUUGAGCUCUUUGUAACUUGUUCUUAAAUGUUCCCCCUUGUUUUUUCUACCCCCACCCCCCUCCCCCCACCAAGUUGGAUUUCGAUCAACUACAACACUGUGUUCCUCACCACAACUCUUAUUGAUAUGUACUGUGAUAAUAUGUACUGCAUGCUGUCCAUCACACGUCUACAUAGGUGCUCUCACUAUGGGAGCCAGGAGUCACCACACGCUCAAAAUCUAACACUCUAUUAUGAAAAUAGUCUCCUAUAACGUGAAGGGGCUUAACUCCCCGACUAAAAGAAGCCUACUAUUUCAGACGCUCAGACAACAACAUAUAGAUAUAGCGUGCAUCCAGGAAACUCACUUUAAGUCCUCCACGGAACCAAAGUUAUACGCUAAACACUAUCCUACUCAAUUCCACGCCCGGUCGGCCAACAAAACAAAAGGGGUGUCAAUCCUCAUCAGCAGAGACAUAGCUCUGGAGGUCCAAAGCCAAUACAUUGACCCGCAAGGGAGGUUUAUUAUAUUAGUGGGCCUUUUUAAUGCCACACAAUACACACUAGUUACGGCCUAUUUUCCCAACUCCGACUCGACAAAUUUCUUAAACAAACUUCUCCAGACUGUGGAGGACCACCGACAGGGAGGCCUGAUUCUGUGCGGGGAUUUUAACUUCAUCCAGUCACCACAACUGGACACAUCAGCUACACCAUCCCGUAAUAGGGGUAGACGCCUAUCCAACACAUGCAAAAGGCUCACCACCCUGAUCUCAAAACACGGCCUGUACGAUGGCUGGAGGGUCACACACCCCACGGAGAGGGACUACACGUUCCACUCCGCGGUGCAUAACACCUAUUCCCGCAUCGACACAUUCCUAGUAGAUAGCAGGUCUCUGGCCCAAAUGGCGGAUUGUAAAAUAGGCUCAUUUGCUUGGUCAGACCACAGCCCAAUUUAUCUCACGCUACACGACGCGUUCCAAUUCAAGGGACGAGGGAACUGGAGGCUCAAUGAGUCGCUACUAUCUGACGACUCCUUUGCUACACUUAUAAAUGACGAACUAGAACACUUCUUCCGUCUGAAUAGUGGGGGAGAGGUAUCAGAAACCUCGGUUUGGCUAGCACAUAAAGCGGUUAUCCGAGGCCUAUUCAUUAAGAGAGCCGCACACCUAAAAAGACAGAGACAGGAAGAUCUACUCCGAUGUCACGAACAAAUAGCAACACUGACAGCUAGAAAUAAAACCAACCCAAAUAAGGUUCUGGCUGCGGAACUCCAGCAGACCUACCGUAAACUACAUGCACUAAACGCAACGAAAACUGAGUACUUAUUAAACAGACUGAAAGCGACUACCUAUCACUCGGGGGGGAAAGCCAACAAGUACCUGGCAGCAAGACUGCGAGACAAACUGGCAACUAAUAGGAUAGCGCACAUAAUGGGGGAAGAUGGGACAAAAAGGCUAGGACCCCAAGAGAUUGGUGACGCGUUCGCCACAUUCUAUUCCAAAUUGUAUAACUUGAGGGACGACCCCGAUACACAUACCCCCACUGUAGAUGAGGUAAAAACAUUUCUUGCCCGCAUCAAACUGCCCCAACUAUCGAGUAGCCAAGUCGAAACCCUGACAUGCCCCCUCACAGUGAAAGAGAUAUUAGACACUAUCAAAGAGUUACCGAAUGGCAAGUCCCCCGGAGCAGAUGGGCUCUCAAACCUCUAUUACAAAAAGUAUGCCCAAACAUUGGCACCACACCUGCUGGAAACCUUCCAUCAGGCAAUGGAGAGGGGAGCACUGCCGGCAGAAAUGCUGCGGGCCACUAUAGUGACUCUGCCGAAACCCGGAAAACCGACUGACCAAUGCAAAAACUUCCACCCCAUCUCCCUGCUCAACACAGAUGCUAAACUGUAUGCAAAAAUCCUGGCAAACCGGUUUGCCCCCAUACUACCCUCCCUUAUCAAAGACGACCAAACAGGCUUCGUAAAAGGUAGACAAGGCCUGGACAACACUCGGAAACUGUCGGUGGUCCUCCAGCAGCUCAGGGGGGCCAGAGAGGGCAGUCUCCUGCUAGCGCUGGAUGCCGAAAAGGCGUUCGACCGCCUGGGCUGGCCCUUCCUCCAAGGAGUAUUGGAGGCAUAUGGAGUCCCGCUCCAGGUGUGCCGACAAAUAUUCGCACUCUAUGCGAAUCCUUCGGCGCAAGUGCUCCAGUCGGGAUUCCUCUCCUCUCCCUUUCAGAUCACAAAUGGGACGAGGCAAGGGUGCCCACUCUCCCCAUUGCUAUACGUCCUGGCCCUAGAACCUUUGUUGGAAGAGAUCAGAGCAAAUGAGGAAAUCCAGGGGGUUAGGAUAGGCCACAAAGUGGUUAAGGUAGGAGCUUUUGCAGAUGACAUUCUACUCUACCUGACACAUCUCCACACCACACUCCCAGCAGUUAUGCAACUGAUAAAGGAAUAUGGGAGGGUGUCCUAUUACUCCCUCAAUACAUCCAAGACCCAAGCACUAGGCAUAUCCCUACCGACCAAACUUACCACACAACUCCAACGGGAAUAUACGUUCGAAUGGAGGUCUGAUACUAUCACAUAUCUAGGGAUUACAUACACGAAGGCCCACACUGCACUAUUCGCGGCAAACUAUGUGUCCACAUGGAACAACUGCCGUAACUUGCUCAAAAAAUGGUCGCCACUAUAUCUGUCUUGGACCGAAAGAAUUAUAACGAUCAAAAUGUCAAUCCUCCCUAGGUUGCUCUACCUGUUCCGUACCCUACCAAUAGAACUCCCCAGAUCCUUCCUCAAAACGGUCCAAUCAGACAUAAAUCAAUUUGUAUGGAAGGGGAGCAAACCCAGAGUGGCACAGAAUUUACUAAACGCACCCAAACGAGACGGUGGCCUAGCACUGCCUAAUGUACACACGUAUUACCACGCAACUGUUAUCGCCACUGCCCUCCCACAUUUCCUCCAGACACCACCACCGCAGUGGGUACUCCUAGAACGAGAGUUGGUGGCCCCACACACACUGGCCGAUGUGAUAUGGAUACCAAAAAAGUACAGACCGCAAUGGCCCCUAGCACCACACUCGACUACUUUACUUUUACGGCUCUGGGACAAAAAUGCGACACUGUUUAGCGGCCACAAGGGGUUCUCCCUGGCAACACCGAUAAAGUCUUUCACAUAUUGCAUCCCCACUUUCCACGCCAUACCAUGGCAGACCCGGGGUGUCACCCACCUGACGCAUCUGUACAAUCAGGGCAAAAUGCUUAGCUUUGAAGAGAUGCAAAUCCGAUACUCACUGCCUCCCACUUCACACUACUCCUAUAUCCAACUACGGUCGUUUCUGACCAAACACUACUGUAGAGAUGCUGGGUCCAAUUUGACCCCAGAAACCCCAACGGGGUGGGAAUUAAUGCUUAUUAAGGGACUACUACCCAUUGCAUGUAAACCGAUCUCCAUGAGUUACAAGCUCCUGUCACGCCAUCUACCCUUCGCUGCCUCAAAAACAGCGCAAAUGUGGGAAGCGGACCUAAACUGCUCCCUCCUGAGAAAAGACUGGGAGCGCAUAUUCCGUUUGCCCAGGCUCCUGAUCAAAUCAGCCGCCCAUCUGGAGCAAAGCCAUAAAACAUUAUAUAGAUGGUACAUGGUACCGUGCAGGCUGCACAAACUAUUUCCUGCCACUUCUAACACAUGCUGGCGCUGCAAUGAGGCUGAGGGCACGGUCCUGCACGUCUGGUGGACGUGCCCCCGCAUCCAGACUUUCUGGGCGGGGAUCCAUAAAAUUGCACAAGCGGCGGCUGGCUGCUCCAUUCCUUUUGCGCCCCGCCAGAUGUUAAUAACCGACCUCCCAAAAAGCUUACCAAGAGCCAAGCAAAAACUCCUGUUACAUAUAAUGUUGACAGCACAGCGCUUAAUUGCUCAACACUGGAAACAAACAAAUACCCCUGGUAUGAAACGGGUCAUUGAGGACCUGGACACACAAAGAACGUUCGAAACGAGCUUCAAAACAUUGUUCCCCCCAUCCAACACCACACAAGCAGCAUGGGAGAUGUGGAACUCAUGGAGAUCGGGUGAUAGAGAAACGUAAAUGUAACCUACCAAUGAUACUGUAUGUACAAACCACAUAAAAGCAGAAGCGCCUCGCACAUCAGUGGGAAACAGCGCAAGAGGUGCGAGAAUAGAGAGCGAGGAUGAGACCCCUCCUGUUAGUUCCCAUAAGGGAUCGAGUGGGGAGCACACCCAUCCCGCUCUGACACACAAAAGGUGCAAGACAAGGUUUCUGGUCACAAACCGUCUACGAACGGUAUAAGUAGCCUGAAUACUCAUGGUCAACUGAAUGAGAGUUGUUAAUAUGUUAAUAUGUAUUGAUGAAAUCUGUCCACCCUUCCCCCCCUACCCUCCCUCCUUCUUCCUUUCUGUACCCCCACCGCACGAAACAAUAAAAAUUGUCAAAUUUAAAAAAAAAAAAAUCAAAACAAUUUAUGGUCUUUGAUAUAUUUAUUGUUAAAGUGCAUUGUUGUAAAACAUUUUUCUUUUUGCCGUAUACUUUAAUAUGUUUAUUUCAUUGAUGGAUGGAUACCCCUUCCCAUUUCCAUGUUACCCCUCCUUUCCUACCCCUAAUACAAUGUUUGUAUUAUUAUCAUUUGUUAUACAAAAAAACUUUAAUAAAAAUUAUUUGAAAAGAAUGUGACCACAUCAAUUCCCAGUUAUGUUGCUCCAAGCUAAACAAGUGGGUGCGCCCAGAGCUGAUAUGCCAUGUGCUGGUGACUGCUUUGAUGCUUGUAUCGUUGCAUUGGACCAUCUUUAUCUUUAAUUUACCGGUAGCCACAUGGAAUAUUUAUCGGUUUAUCAUGGUGCCAAGCAGAAACCUCAGAGUAUUUAAUCCAACAGAGAUUGACAACAGGGGGCAGAUCAAGUCACACAUGAAGGAAGCCAUGAUCAAACUUGGGUUCCAUCUUCUGUGCUUCUUUAUUUACUUAUACAGCAUGAUUUUGGCCUUAAUAAAUGACUGAAACCAGCAGAAACUCUGAGAUCGCCAGCCUACGCAGUCUGGAGCCGAGCUACCAUUAACAACAACAGCAAGACCUUAACUUAGUCACACAUAGAGUAUUUUUCUUUUCCUAUUUUAGAAAGUGAUAUUUUUGCUGUAUUUUUUAACAAACUAUGCAAACAAUGAAAAAAAAAAUUAUAUAUAUAUAUAUAUAUAUAUAUAUCUUCCAAUUCACUACAAUUAUGUCUGGAAAAAUCUCGUUCCGAUAUUACUCUGCAGUAAGUGGCAUAAAUCAUGAACAAAUCAAUUUAAAAUGGCUAUGGGCAAGUGUUGCAUCCAUCUAUUAAUUAUUUUUCCCACCACAACUACGACUAAGAUUCAUGAACUGUGUAGUUAAACCGCUGGAUGCUGCCACAGCCCUUUCUUAACAGCCGUCAUGAUACAGAAAUGGCUGGGUAUAUGAUUGGACGUGAAUGACAAACUCCUGUGCUUUGGCAAAGUUUCCCUUUAUUAAAAGACUAGGGAGGCGGUUUCUCUUGGGAGCUCAUUUUUGAAGCUUCUUUACUUCUUGCAAAUCACCAGGACUUGCAGCUUCUACUGUGAGCUAUGACAAUACAUGAAAUCUCUCACCUAUCCUUGUGAUUCCAUUAUUUUCUGUGGGAGAAUCGAACAUUUCCAAAACUAAUCCUUUCCUUUGUGGAAGCACAGAAAGCUGCAUAAGUUAUAUAAUGACCCCACCGCUUUGUUGGUUUGUAUGUUAAAUAAAUAGAGAUAGACUCUAUUGUCCAUUGUGUGUCCAGUGAUUACCAAGUCUAUCUCACUAACAUCGAUAAGAAACUGGAAUAGUUAGUGGAUGGUUUCAUGAGGCGCACUCCCCAAGCAAAGCCAUGUACAUGGCGUCCCCCUUGUGAUGUCAUCACGCACGGGGGGACUUUUAUCUCCAGGGUUUUUUGUUGUUUACUUUGCACUUACCUUUUCCUUCAAUGGUCCUAUACUCCCCUCUUGAUGUAUUGCUAUCAGGGAUCGGGUCAACUGUAAUAGUUUUAUCUGCACAUUUUAAUGUCACCUUUUUAUUUUUGGGGCUGAUUCUGUCUACUGAAACUUGUAAAUUUUGUUUGUUUGUUUUUUCAGAAGGAGCAAGUACGCCUGAUGACCUAUGGUAUGACGACUAACCUGCUAUAUGUUGUGUUAAAAGUCUUUGUUUUACUGUGUGUGGUGUGUGGGUCAUUUUAAACCAUUUUUAAAUGUGUUCCUUCCUUGGCAGUAACCGGCUUCGUCUCAGCUUUCAGGACUUCCAUCUCAGCUCUGUGCUGGGUAAAGGGGGCUUUGGAAAAGUAAGUUUAAGGUGGAAUUGCUAUUCUAGUUUGCUAUGCUCGGUGUUUUAACAGAUGCAGUGCAGGACAACACUUUAUUCUGUAAUUUCAGGUUCUUUUGGCUAAGUACAAGGAUACCAACAAUAUGUACGCUCUGAAAGUCCUAAAGAAAGAACAGAUAGUAUCACAACAUGUAUCCCAGCGGUCAGUAAACGAAGAACAAUUACUACCUUGUUUUUUGGGAGGAAGAGGUUCUGUUUUCUGUCUUUGUUUGGUUUUGGAGAGUGGAGGAAAGUAAUUUUGAACUUUUUUAUUUAUCCUUUCCAGCAUUCUGAGCGAAAAGCGCAUUUUCCAAACUGUGAGUAACAGACAGCACCCAUUUCUGGUUAACUUGUUUGGGUGUUUCCACACGCUAGAUCACGUAUGUUUUGUGAUGGAAUACGCGGCUGGGGGCGACCUACAUACAAACUUUAUCAACAACAACGACAGUCCAUUUCCGGAACCCAGAGCUGUGUGAGUAUAAGCAGCUGGUCUAAUCCAAUGUUCUGCAGACGGGCUACAAAUUCUAAUAAUCCUAGUUACUUAUAACUGAUUAUACCAGGGAUGUCACACAACAUGGGAUCCACUGUGGGGGUUUUUUUUAUUCUGUUUAUUAUGUUUUUAAAUUCAGUUUUUUUUCUUUAGAAGAGUAAAAAGAAGAUAAAACAAUUAGCAAAAACAAUGCCCGUUACAUUAAAACAGUAACAACAUCAUUAAACCAGAAUUUCACGCAAUCUUUAUCGAAGACGCUCGCAGUUUCAAAUAGGUGUUGACUUAGAACCCCAAGUAAUGAAUUACAACGGAGAAAUAGGAAAGAUACCACCAUGGGUUUUACAAUGCACAUUAAUAUGAUUGACCAUUAAUAAACAACCUCAAACUGUAAACAUUGAUGUAUAUCCCAUAAGCUGCUAUAUAUCUGAUUACUGUAUGUGUCCAAUACUUUAUCAGUGCGGUUACAUCUGGCCAUAUAAACCACUGUGUGUGCUACCUAUAGCUAACGAUUCUGGAAGCAUCGGCUUUGGUGAAUGGAACCAAUAAAUUGUAAAUAAACUACCAAUCCCCAUUGUUUCACCUCAUAAACCCACCGUCAGUGACAGAGAAGAAGGAAAGCUGGGAAUUGUUGUAAUAUGUCAGAGCUCAGAGUGACUUGGAUUACAUGGAAUAAAACCAUUUAAUAUUACAAACACAGCAUUGUCUAGAAAGCAUUGGAUUAAUCGAUUUCCCCCCCCCCCCCAGGUUUUAUGCAGCCUGUACUGUUCUUGGAUUGGAGUUUUUACAUCAGCAGAAGAUCGUACACAGGUAAGUUAGUACAAAAAUGUAUACAUGGACUAUCAGUGAUAUCCCUCUAGAAUGUAAUCUCAUUGAGCAGGGCUCUCCACCUCUCUGUUCCUGUACGUCCAGUUGUCUGGUUACAAUUACAUGUCUGUUAGUCCACCCAUUGUACAGCGCUAUGGAAUCUGAUGGCGCUAUAUAAAUAAUAAAAUAAUAACUAGAAAAGCUACAAUUUCUGGGGAAAUUGUGUGAAGUGUUCUUGCCUCCACCAGUAGUCUACAACUGUAGUGGGCGGAGUAACUGGGUGGAGUGGCUUGAGUAACUUGUGUGGUUGGAGAGGCUGGAGUAACUGUGGAAAGGUUGGAGUGUGGUUCACUCACUCUACAGCAAGGGCAGAGAAGAGCUUUCAAAUCCCUCGAACAUUCCACCAACUGCCAACAGGAACGAAUAGAUUUCAAAUAGGGCAGAGAAGAGCUUUCAAAUCCCUCGAACAUUCCACCAACUGCCAACAGAAACUAAUAGAUUUCAAAUAGGGCAGAGAAGAGCUUUCAAAUCCCUCGAACAUUCCACCAACUGCCAACAGGAACUAAUAGAUUUCAAACAGGGCAGAGAAGAGCUUUCAAAUCUUUCAAAUCCCUCGAACAUUCCACCAACUGCCAACAGGAACUAAUAGAUUUCUGUGGCGAAAUUAACAUCGCCACUUGUGCCUGGAGAGAACUACUUGACCCUUUCUUGAAGCCUUGGCUCAUGCUUGGGGGAUGGGAUAACUACACUCUUGGGGAUUGCUAUAUCACAAUACUCCCCUGAGAAUAAGCUCCUGUAAGAGCUUGUUCCUGGUUCCUGCUCUCUGGAUUUAGGAGAGGUUCAACCACGGGAAGUUGGAUCCGAUCCUGGCCUUGGAUGCAGGGUGGGUGAGAGAUGGGGAGACCCCGGUGCAGCUGCAUCGCUGGAAGUGGGGUCUGCAGUGCGGAUGGUGUCGGUUGGAGUGCUUGGAGUCCUCGGCAAGCACUAGGAGCAUCGAUUGGCGGAGGUACUCAGUCGGAGUGCCAGCGGUCCGUCACAACUGGUGGCAAGCGGCUGGAUUUUCCCUUCUUUUUCCCUGCACAGAGGAUUCAAGGAAGGCACUAGUGUAUAGUGAAUGGAGGGCAGUGACCCUGGCUUCGGAGGAACUCAAGGGAUAGAGCUAGCUACCGGAACAUGGAAGAGGAGUUAGAGGUUGCAGCAGCACUUGGCCCAACAGGAUGGGCCUUUAUCAGAGGAGUGCAUUCUGGACUGGAGAGAUGCCACUCGUAAGGAGUUGUGGUACGAUGCCCUGGAAGAGGUACAGCGGCGGCGGGGAGAGAGCCUUCCCAGUGACGAGCAGUGGUUCUAGGUACUCGUGGCCCUGCGGAGACCUUUCCUAGGAGAGCAACCCCUGGAUGAGUGGGUGAUUUAAUUUGAAAGGAGUUGUGGCUGGAUGCAGCUUACCGGGCAUUAAAGUGGCACGCCACCCAGCGCAACCCCUGGAUGACUAACCACUAUCUGCCGGAGGGAGAGGAUUAUACUGGCCCGGGCUUACUGUGGGAGGCCUUUGAGGAGGGCGGUGACUUUGGUUGCCCCACAGAAUGUCGGAUCUGGGACAUCAACAACCUCAGGGAAACCAUACUGGAUCUUCCCCAAGCGGACGACCUGGGGCCAGACCUGAUUCAUCUAUUCACAAUGAAGUGGGAGCUGGAGCAGAGCUACCAACAUCUGUUCAGCUUAGCACAACAAGCAAGUAUACUACCAGGAGUAGGGAUAGACGGUCCUGCUCCCCAGCGGCAGUAUUCUUUGAAGGGAGAGGAGACAACCAGUCUCUCUCCCCAGCGACAGCCUGAGUUCCAGGAGGUGGUGAUGGUCGGACCCUCCACCUUACAGCAACCAGCGUCCUGGGGAGGGGAGGUAACCAGCCUCCCUCUCCCCCAACAGCCAGAGGUACCUGAGGUAGUGGACCUCAUAGACUGGUCCUGGGAGAAGCCCCAAAUGGCAGGUGGAGAUGGGACUGAGGUCUCUCUACCGGCCCUACAGGGAUGCUGGGCACCCAGCCCAGAUCCCCAGCGGCAGUGCAUCUCACCGGGAGAGGAGACAACCGGUCUCCCUCCCCAGCGAUGGCCUGAGUUCCAGGAGGAGGAGAUGGUCGAUCCCUCCACCGUACAGCAACCAGCGUCCUGGGGAGUGGAGGCAACCAAGCCAAAGAUACUGGGAGAGGGGGAGAACAACCCUAACCACACUGGCGCAGAUGGGACCGUGGUCUCUGUGCCAGGCCUACGGAGAUGCUGGACGGGCGGUCCAGAUCCCCAACCUUAAAAAAGCCUCCCCCUCCCCAGCUACAUCCCGACCGGAUCCUGGGGGCAGUGGAUGAGCCUGCGAUACCCAAUAACCCCCUCCCAGCAGAAGAGCUGGCACCUGAGCAGAGUGCCGCUGGCCUCGGCCCUACCCUUGUACCUUGCCCAGAGCCUGACACCCAGCAGGCUAUCCCAGUGGAAGAGCUGGCACCUGGGCAGAGUACCACUGGCCUCUGCCCUACCCUUGUCCCUUGUUCAGAGCCGGACACCCUGCAGGCUAUACCAGUGGAAGAGCUGGCAUCAGGGCAGAGCGCCACUGGCCUCUGCCCCCAAGUAGCCCCAGCUGUUUGCUUAGCUGCACCAAGGUGACCGAGGAUGCUGAACUGUCCCGCUACAACCUGGGACCUACAGGCCAGUACCGUUUAUUGUGGGGGGGGGCUACUCUGUUGAUUUUUCUUUGUGGGCUGCCCGACUAACCUAAGUACUGACCGACAGAAGGUCAGGUACCUGUUUAUUCUUCCCCCCAAAGGGAAGAUGUGUGGCAAAAUUAACAUCGCCGCUUGUGCCUGGAGAGAACUACUUGACCCUUUCUUGAAGCCUUGGCUCAUGCUUGGGGGAUGGGAUAACUACACUCUUGGGGAUUGCUAUAUCACAAUACUCCCCUAAGUAUGAGCUCCUGUAAGAGCUUGUUCCUGGUUCCUGCUCUCUGUAUUUAGGAAAGAUUCACCCACUGGAAGCAUGAUCCUGGCCUUGGAUCCAGGGUGGGUGAGAGACGGCGAGGCCCCGGCGCAGCUGCAUCGCUGGAAGUGGGGUCUGCACUGCGAAUGGUGUCAGUUGGAGUGCUUGGAGUCCUCGGCAAGCACAAGGAGCAUCGAUUGGCGGAGGUACUCGGUCGGAGUGCCUGCGGUCCGUCACAAUUUCAAAUAGGGCAGAGAAGAACUUUCAAAUCUUUUAAAUCCCUCGAACAUUCCACCAACUGCCAAUGGGACCAAUUUCGCCACAAAAACGACGAUAUUUCGUGAACCAUUCAGCGAAACGUUUCACAAAGUAAUCACACACCAAUCGGGAACAAUCCGCACGUUUCGGUAUAUUACUGUCUAUGUAGUGUAAAAUCUGUGGGAGGAGUUAGGGUGGUAAAUUUGGCUAUAAUAAGAAUAAAAAUAUAUAUGUGAGAUAACAUUAAGUGGUCUUGCUAUGCAAGAACACUUAAUAAUAUUUGUGUUCUUCUAAUUAGAUCUGUUUUUUUAUCUAGAUUAAGUUAUUCAUUUUAAUCAUUUCAUAAGCCGAAACCUGUAAAGUUAACCUAAGUGCUUCUAGUGUUAUGUAAUAUGAAUAAAUGUUUGUUUUCUGCAUUUUAAUCUAGAGACCUCAAGUUGGAUAAUAUAGUUUUAGAUGAGAAAGGUUUCGCAAAAAUUACCGACUUUGGCUUCAGUAAAGAAGGUAAACAUAAAUUUCAAAUUAAAACAUAAUGGUUUAAUAAAAACUUGCACUUAGUAGGUUCAAAAUGUCCCUAAUAUAUCAACCCUAGAUAUGAUAUAAACAACCAUUUUUUUUUCUAAAUUUGUAUUUUUGUCGCGCUGCAGAGUAACAAACAUUCUUGCAGUGCCCCGACAGCAGUGGCAAGAUUAUUAGUAUAGACAUUUCAACAGUAUAGGGCAGUCGAGUAUACAGCACAUUUUUUGUUUGUAUAAUAAUUUUGAGAACUACAAAUAUGCCUGGCUAAACAAUUCAUGCUAAACAGUAGCGGAGUAACUAGCAUGAGUGGGUGCCUGAAAGUGAGUCCAAAAUAAAAUAACAUAAAAUAAAGUAGUUGUCAGUAGGAAUACUGUGAGUUGGGCGGUAGACGCAUGCGGUAAUAGUAAAGACAAGGUAAAUCAGGUCAGAUAGUACAGUCUGCACAAGUGUAGGAAGAGAUUAUUUGCUAGUUUCCCAAGGUCUAGCUUUAGUACCCGGGUCAAGGUUGGAGAGACAGACAAGUAUAUUAUGAGGCCUGUGUACUUGGAGACUGUCAUGCCUAUCUAACGCUGUGUACUGAGAUCAAUGAGUACCACCACUGCUAAGCUUCCUCAUUGCCACACGACCAGGCUUGCCUGCGCAGUAUGUUAAAUCAGUGCAAUGGCUGGGGCACUCCCCGGGCUGUACCUGUACUGCACCAACGAAGCUACUUGGGUCUAUAGUAGCUCACCUCAUGCGCGUUAUAAGUGGAGGAGUGCUGCUCGGUAAAUAUCAAAUCAUUCUUAUAAUUCUUGGUGUUUGAGAUAAAUGUGCUAUGCAGGCUAAUUAAGCCACCAAGACCCAUCAAAUUGUCACCCUUUCUGAACAUGUAAAGCUUUGCAGGUUAACUUCAACUAUAAAACAAAAAAAAUACAAUAAGACUACUUUGAGUAUCCACAUGUAUAAGGAACGGAAUUUUGGUAGUCACUACGUGGCUAUGCAGGAAAGGCUGCAGCUGGUAAUAUCCAUUCAAUGUCCACAGUCAGCCAAUGCCUAGGCUAGGCAAUGAAACAGCGGAGGCAGCGGAAGACAGCGGGCAGUCUUCCAGCGUCAUAGGUGAUGCCGUGGAGGUGUCCUCCACAUGGCCUUCAGCCUAGGUUGGGAAGUAGCAGGAGUGGCUUGUGCUCUGUGCCUGAGAGAGGCCCGCGUGGCCCCCUAUCACCAGCCCUCUUCACCUCCUUCAUGGUAAUAGGUGACUGUGGUGUCCGGUUUUCCAGCCGGACCCAGAAACGCUGAAAUGUCUCAUCAAGACGUCGGAGGGAGCGCUCCACCACCGCCUCGCUGGGGUUCACAUGCGCAGGUGCCAGAGGCAGUAAGGCCUUGCUGCUAGGCCCGCCUCGUACUGGUUGUGGACCAUCGUGGGAGGUAGGCUUCGACGAAGGAGCGUGUUUCAGGUCGGUGGAGACCAGGAUAACCCUCGCUGGUCCAUGGGGGGAAAUGGGGUUCCUUGCUUGUCAUCGCUGCUGUGUGCCUCUCCCAAUCCAGCCAGGCUUGUAGGCUGCAGAGGUCACUCAGGCGGAAUCAGCUGGUUGGACCGCAUGUUUGGUACCGAUACGGAGAGCUUGCUGUGCCCUAUCACCCUGCAGCAGGUAAUGAGUCUGUAGUCGCUUUGUUGCAGCAAUCAAUAUAAACAACCAUUUAAUAUAAAAAAUCAUAUCCAUAAAAUGUGUGCUUCAUUCCAAAAUAGGCAUUAAAGGGACACUAUAGUCACCUGAACAACUUUAGCUUAAUGAAGCAGUUUUGGUGUAUAAAACAUGCCCCUGCGGUCUCACUGCUCAAUCCUCUGCCAUUUAGGAGUUAAAUCCCUUUGUUUAUGAACCCUAGUCACACCUCCCUGCAUGUGACUUGCACAGCCUUCCAUAAACACUUCCUGUAAAGAGAGCCCUAUUUAGGCUUUAUUUAUUGCAAGUUCUGUUUAAUUAAGAUUUUCAUAUCCCCUGCUAUGUUAAUAGCUUGCUAGACCCUGCAAGAGCCUCCUGUAUGUGAUUGAAGUUCAAUUUAGAGAUUGAUAUACAAUUAUUUAAGGUAAAUUACAUCUGUUUGAAAGUGAAACCAGUUUUUUUUUUUCAUGCAGGCUCUGUCAAUCAUAGCCAGGGCAGGUGAGGCCAGGGCUGCAUAAACAGAAACAAAGUGAUUUAACUCCUAAAUGACAGUGAAUUGAGCAGUGAAAUUUCAGGGGAAUGAUCUAUACACUAAAACUGCUUUAUUUAGCUAAAGUAAUUUAGGUGACUAUAGUGUUCCUUUAAAGGAACUCACUAAUAUUGCAAGAAAAUGUAUUAUUUUUUAAUUGAAAGCUUUUGGGGGUUUUGAGGUCUUUCAAAUUAAGGCCUCUCUUUAAAAAUAAACCUUUUUUCCAGCACUGGGCAGUCAGAUACACACACAUCACAAAAUACAGAUCACAAACAGCCGGCACACACCACAUACAGAUCACACACAGCCGGCACACACCACAUACAGAUCACACGCACUAUGGAGGGACAGAAUGAGAUAUUAUGAGGUGGGCAUGGGGGAAGACACUAUGCCCAGUGCUCUAGGCAGGAAUCCAAAUAUUUCUAAUUAAAAUUGUCAGUCAGUGUCAGGAGAAGGAGAUUGGGCUACUGCUUUAGUCGCUUGUACAAAGAUUUUUACACCCCUGCGGUCACUCUUAUGGACAGGCGUGUCUGACAGUAUCCCAUAAACUCCUGCUGGGUAAAGGUUAAUGGAGUGAAUUCAAAGUUCACUGAAUAGUACGAAAGACCCCUCCUAGAUCAGGCAUGUUUGCUGCAAAAGUUAAAAGCGCAGCAAAUGCUAUUCACUAUUAUUCUUAUUGAAAUAUUAGAUCCAGUACAAAAACAUAUAUCACCGUCAUCUUCCUCAGGCUAACCCUUUAGCAUGUUCAAUUAGGAUUACAGAUCAGUCUCUCUGAUUCUUAAAAGGCAUAAAGUUAAUCUGCUUGUUCUUUUGUCAAACUAAAUUUGAGCAUUCUGACAAAAAGUGGAGCACCUCUCAUACCUAAAGCCACAAUGGUGCCACUGAGAUAAUGUGAUGUUUCCCCUUUACACUAAUAAAUCUAGAUUCGAAAGGCAAUAAUAUGAAAAGUUUCAGCAUCAAAAAUAUGUAACUGAAAGUCAUACUUAAUACAAUUCGCUAAAAUUGAACCUCUCUCUUCAAAUAAUUAUACAAUCUAUUCUAUUUAUUUGCGAGGUAUUGGAUACGGAGACACAAUCAAUGGGCUUUGCGGAACACGUUACUAUAUGGCUCCUGAGAUCUUGAUGUCAACUCCAUACACCAAGGCGGUGGACUGGUGGAGCCUCGGUGUUGUCAUUUAUAUAAUGCUAAAUAGAAAGGUAAGAACGGGAUUUCAGUAAGAAUUUCCAGACAGGUUUAUGUUUUGAAAAUGUAAAGAGACUUUGCCAAGUUUCGUUUUUAACAUUAAACCAUUCAAUAUCAAGAUGUUGUCCCUUGUCCUCCCAUUGUGACAUCCUGACAUCCUCCUGCAUAAUAAUCCUCAAAAUAGAUCCCAGGCAGCUAAAUUGCUAAUUGGUAUCACAAAACUGCAAUUAAUGCCUGAAAACAUAAACAUUUGUCUGCCAAACACCCCCACUCCGUGAUUUGUUUCCAAAAUUCAAAAUGUUCUGCAAAGCCCCUGGUACAGUUACUUAGUGCUCUGGUGGCUGGUAGAUAGCUGUGUGCUUACAUCCCAUGUAACCCUGUGUAUACUGAUUCUUUGUGAAUGCCAGGUAUCUAGUAUCUCUGGCCUUAAUCCAAAAACCAACACCCAUACUUACUUCUCGAAGCCUUUCUUAUUGAUGUUAGUGUCUCUGUCCAAAAAUAAAAAAGCCAUCAUAACCCAAUGUAACCGUACAAAACCAAAAUGAAAUACACUAUAUUAAAAUUAGAAAUAGAUCAAACUCCCAAUAGAAAAUGAAAUAUAACAUAGGCCUUCCAGCCCUUUAAAAAUGGAAAUUCCCUGCUGGCAUUAGAAUUGUUGAGUGUAUUAAAAAAUCCAGCCAAUCACACAGCAUUCUCAGGUAUUUCCACACCCUCGCGGUCCCCCUGAUGAGGAAUAUAAUAAUAUUUCAGUUCUCUUGCACACAGUAUGCUUUCACAUGCUCACGCCACACACCUUUUGAUGUGUUCUGAUUUGCACAUUGUGUCAUCUGUACUACCAACAUUAAAGGACCACUAUAGGCACCCAGACCACUUCAGCUUAAUGAAGUGGUCUGGGUGCCAGGUCCAUCUAGGGUUAACCCUGCCUGCUGUAAACAUAGCAGUUUCAGGCGCUUGCAUGCUUCUCACUGUGAUUUUCACAGUGAGAAGACGCCAGCGUCCAUAGGAAAGCAUUGUGAAUGCUUUCCUAUGAGACUGGCUGAAUGCGCGCGCCUCUCUUGCCGCGCAUGCGCAUUCAGCCGAAGAGGAGGAGGAGACCUCCCCGCCUGGCGCUGGAGAAAGAGGUAAGUUUAACCCCUUCCUCUCCCCAGAGCCCGGUGGGAGGGGGCACCCUCAGGGCACUAUAGGGCCAGGAAAACGAGUAUGUUUUCCUGGCACUAUAGUGGUCCUUUAAAUUAAAACCCCAAACUAUUCAUUUAUUGCGCAUUUGUUGAUGCCUGCAUUUUACAACUUUACAAAUUAAAAUUGAGUAUUUUAAAUGUAUUUUUUCUUCAGUUCCCCUUCAGCGACCGUGAUAACAAGUUGACUGCUAACAUCAUCCACGGGAAAUUCACAUAUAAAGAAUCUCUGUCCACAAACGCCACUUCAAUAAUAGAUCAGGUAAGUCGCCAAGCAUGGUUAGCGAUUAAUAAAUGUAAUAGAUCACAUGAGCCAAGCUCAAACCGCCCAUUUACCAUUGAUGAGUGGGAAGUCAGUCACUCUUUAUUGCAAUUGCCUUAUGCACUUAUUCCUUGGCAUGUCACUCCCUCAUGUCACUUGCCCUAUCCACUAUCUGCUUGCCCAUGUCACUUGCCCCAUUCACUUUCUGUCAAUGUCGCUCUCACCAGAUCUACAACUCAAAUUGCUCCCUACCUUCCUUCCACUAUAUCACUUUCCCAUCACUUCUUCCCAGGGGACAAGUCCUGGGGAAUAAAGUGAGGGAACUCUCCCGUCGUCAUAUUCCGGCUCCCUGCAUCAGCAAAUGGCGCGUGGCGAGAGGAAGCAGAGAGGACACAGCUCCCUCGCCGUGUCUGAUUUGGAGACAGCCACCCGCCGGGGUGUUCCAUCAGGUGGCCAUUAGGGGGGCAUUUGGGGGCGGAAUUUUUUGCCGCCCCCUGAGUGCCUGCAGCAACAGCGGGAACGGAGUUCCUGCUCAAAAAAAGUGCAGGAACACAGUUCCCACGCGUUCCUGCAGGACUCGAGCCCUGCUUCUUCCCCCGUGUCAUUGUAACUGUGAUACUCCGCAAUGCUAGUUCUCAUCAUACAACACUUCACUGGUCUCAAAGUUACAAAGGCAAUAUCAACUAAUGGUUGGCUAAUACAACUGUUUAUUGUAUUCUGCAUUAAUGUAUCCAGUGUGAGAUGAUAAAGACAUGCAUGUGUACCUUCCAGGAAAAUACGUGCAGGUCUGAUGUUUAUCAUUUAAAUUAGCAAUACCUAUUUAAAUUAAAUCCCUCUUACAGCUUCUGAAAAAAGAUCAAACUAAACGUCUAGGAGCCGGCAAGAAAGAUGCACAAGACGUCAAAAAACAUCCCUUCUUCAAAGUACGUACAUUUCAAGUAGAACGUGGUAUUUAUUUUUAUUUAAAGUAGCUCUGUCACCAGAAAUGUAUUAAAGGGACAUUAUAGUCACCAGAAUAACUACAGCUUAUUGUAUUUGUUCUGGUGAGUAGAAUCAUUCCCUUCAUUUUUUUUGCAGAGAAAAUGCAGUGUUUACAUUACAGCAUAGGGAUACCUCCAGUGGCCACUACUCAUUUGGCUACUAGAGGUGCUUCCUAGGGCAUUGCCUUUCAGUGUCUCCACCCUCUGCAUAGAGACACCCUCUGCAUGGAGACAUUGAACUUUUUUGAUACAAUGCAGCUCUAUGAGGAGAUGCUGAUUGGCCAGGAUUGUGGUUGGCUUGUGCUGGCUCUGCCUCUGAUCUGCCUCCUUGACAGUCAUAGCCAAUCCAAUUAGAAAGCAUUGUUAUUGGCUGAGAGAAUCACUUCUGAUGAUGUCAGCUGAGCAGGCAGAUCAGGGGCAGAGCCAGCAGCAACAGACUGGAAUAAAAGUAUGAUUUUUACUAUAUUUAGGGUGGCAAGGGGAUUCCAGGAGGGCUAGAUGGUGGUUUUAACAUUAUAGGGUCAGGAAUACAUGUUUGUAUUUCUGAACCUAUAGUGUUCCUUUAAGUGAAUGAUCAUUAUUUAAAUUAUACUGAAAUUCAAACAUAGCCACAAGAUCAUAGAAAGUGAAGUAAGGACUACUACUGGUCAAGUUAGGCUGAAAAAAUCCAGAGUUUCUAUUGUAACAUUUUCUCGAUUUCCACUUUCCAAAUUGGGAUGUCAACAAAUAUGCAGCGACCCCGAAGGUGGCAGAGCCCCUUUUUAAGUAGAAUUGUCAUUUAGGAGGGAAAGAUACAUCCUUACAGCUAAAUAAACAAAAUAUGUAAGUUGUGUGUUUGGAAAAUGUGCAAUGUUCUAUUAGUUCCUGCAUUUACAUUCACUCAAGAAUUAUAAUAAACUCUGCCCAGCUCUGAUAACCUCCUAGAACCUGCAGAAGCAAUAAGUGUGUUAUCACUCUGUGCAGCAAACUUUACCUUCAUAAACACAUCACCAGAACUUACUGGAUCAAGAAAAGAGGGAAUCUCACCAACUGAAACAUGACACUGUCACUUUAACAGAUUACUAUCCCACCAGCUCCCAAACUACCAACCACCUCGCCAGUAAAAGUGAACAGGCAGAUUCUAAAAAAAUUAUGUUUGGUCACAGAUGUGAUCCCCAUAUUUAAUGUAAGCCUCACUAGUCUUUAGAAAAAUAUCUUUCCAAUCCGCUGAUUUAAAGGAACACUGCAAGAACCAUAACCACUGCAGCCUGCUGGCACGCUCCCACUUGUGAAUGGUUUGACAGCCUACCUGGGGUCCACCUUGUGCUGUUCGCAGGCUAGCUCAUUGGUAGGAGCAUCAGCUGAGUGUUCUCAACCAAUCAGCACAUCCAGGCACCACCAAGAUACCUGGGAGCUUCGAGGCUGCAGAGGAUCCCGGUUAAGUUGUCAAAUAAUUCACAAACAGUUUGACCAUUUACAAUAGUCAGAUGCAAUGGAACCCUGGCACCAUAACCACUACAAUGGAUCCCUUUGCAGUCUGUACAGAAUGCAGGUUUUGGGGAAUAUUUUCUGUUCUGUUAUAUUUUAUAUUUUACUGAUUUAUACAAUGAUGCACAUUCCUUUGCAGGACAUAGACUGGGCGGCAUUGUUAUUAAAGAACGUGACACCUCCUUUUGUGCCAGAAAUUAAGGGAAUUGAAGACGUCAGCAAUUUCCAGGAGAUAUUUACCACAAAAGAGCCUAUUCUGACUCCCCCACAGAGUCAAAGACAACCAACGCUGGAAGAGAACAAAGCAUUCAGGGACUUUGAUUGGAUGGCUGAUUGGGGUGAAUCCUAGACGUGGUCCAUAAUGAAAUUUUCUAAUAGGGCAAGGCAUGCCUGUAAUGCCGGACAGACGCACCUUGUUUGAGCUCUGGUACACACUCUCCUAAAAACAGCUUUUACUAUAAAUUACACCCUCAUCGACGACCCUUACUAAUCUCCCAAACCAAUCGGGGUAAUACCGGAGCGUAAUUGAUGUCCCCAGACGUCCGCGCUGCUGAUAAACAGAGAGCAGACUUGGUGGCCUAAUGAGUCCAGGGGAGUGGAGAAGCGGACGAUAUCUGCUUCUGACCUGCACUGACGACUGGUGCCCCAUUUCCCCCCCUGGACCGGUGAGCGUGAUCAUGGUCUCCCCUUUGGAGGGCUCCCCUACACUGCUGCAGGUGCGUGGCUUCCCUGCAGAACACCCAAACGACACUCCAGCCUGUACAAGAUGCCGGAUGCUGAGUGCUAUACUGAUUCACCUGAAGUCCUGCCUCGCUUCCUUGAAUUGUUUUAGUUCUUCUGGGCGAGGCUGAUAACGUCCCUGGGACCCGCUGUACUGGGGAAUUUGACAGAUACGGAGAGCCUGCAUGUUAUGCCGGUGCAAGAAGAAGGCGGCAUGUAUUAAAGAAAGGCGCGCAGCUGUAGUGCGGGACCCAUCGUUGAGCAGGCAGUUCAAGCAAUAAGACUGGAGUUCUGGCCACACUGAGCCUAGAGACAGGGGGCCCCAGAGCCAAGGGGGCCCCAGAUGCCGACAGGGAUCAUACUCAAUUGCAACGCAGUGGCUGAAUACAUCUACUCUGAAGGACUUUGGGGCUUACAAUCGAGACUUCCCUGGGGGUCUGUGCUGGUCCCCUGCAGGCGUAUGCUGACCCCAGAGCUGGGUCCAGGUUUACCUCCUCGGGGUUCUUAGUUAAACUACCUGUAACCUCUACAGUUAACCACUUUCUACUCACUCUUGGUGCAUAGACUCUGCUUAAGCCUACUGGCAACUAGUACUUAAACUUGCACUAGAUUCUUCUUGUCUUUUAUUUAUUAUAAAAAAAAUGUGCUGAUUUAUAUGUGCACUUCCUGUAUCUGACAAACCAAUUCUUUGC